CAGACUCCGGUGAGUUCUUCGUUCAGUUCUGUUCGUAGCGCAAGUACGUGAGCGUGUCUCAUUGAGCUCGCCACUCCAACCCACUUAUCGGGGUUCGAUCGUAUCGAUACAUCGUAUAAAACACAUCGAUUUCUCCGUAAAGAUUCACGCUAAGACUUUUCUCGCGAUUUCGAUAACAUUCUAAGUCGCUCUUCACGAGUAAACGUGAUUUUUCCGCAUUAACCACCUUGUCAGUUUUCGGAAUUUUUUAAGUGAAAGUCAACAUUAAUAAAUAAAAGGAUCGAUAAGGACGCCGUGGCAUUCUCGUUCCUUAUUCGAGUGUCAGCCGUCGAGACUUCGGAAAGAAAAAGAAAGGAAAACGUGCUGACUAUAAAGGAAGUGAUCGUGACAGAUCGCGCAUUAGUUGUCACCGUCCAACCGGAAGAAUUUUCUACGGAAAUUGCAGAAAGCGGUACCGCUCUUCAGGUCGUGAAUGCCACAGUGACCCGAGACAGUCCAUUGACCCCGAUCGAGCGUGACGUUUCUUCCCCGAGAGAGGAAGAAAGAGAGAGAGAGAUCCUUUGAAAUUCGUAUCAUUUUAUUGGAUCUUCUCAGUUCUAAUUUCUCGACCGUUUUUUUACGAAAAAGAGAUUCGUUUUGUGUGAUAAGGAACGAAGAGAUGCGGUAACGAGAGCGAGAGACAAUGUUGUCGUUUGGCGUGAGUUAUAGCAGGCAGCUUGGAGCGUCAUCGAUCAGAGGUUCCCUCUGGUUGACUCUGGUGCUCUGGCUGCUCGCGAUCUCCCCGAGCUUGUCCUUCGACGUAUCCUUCGACUGCUGCCCCGAGAACACGUCAUGGCAGCACUCGGCCAACUGCUCGGACGGCACGAAAAUACGUCUUCAAUGCACGAACGGCAUCUUCCUGAUCGAUCCCGAGCAAAACGAUUACGACAAUUUCACCGUCGUCUACGAGGACGAUACCGCCUGGCUGCGGCUAGGCAUGAACAAUGAGAAAAUCCCGGCCGGCAGUUUUUGCGUAACCAAUUCGACGCGGAACAAGGAUAAGAUAGCCCUCGUGUGCUUCAACGAUGCUCUAAAUGAGAGUGUAUCGAUGAUGUGGAAGAGCACGCUCGUCUGCAUCGUCAGCAUCAUCUCAGCUAUCUUCUUGAUCGCUACCCUGGCGGUUUAUGUUAUACUGCCGGAAUUGCGGGAGCUCCAGGACAAGGCGAUGAUGGCCGCCGUCACCACUUUGGCGGUCAGCUACACCGUCCUCUCCAUUCAACAUGUGCGACCGAUCAUGUCCGAUGAUGAUUACACCACUUGCGUAUUUUUCGCAUUCAUAUUGUAUUUUGCCUUCAUGUCCGCAUUUUUCUGGCUGAAUAUCGUGGCCUUCAAUGUGUGGCGUACCGUAUGGUUUAAGAACUUCAGGGUGAAAGACCAAUCGCUCUACUAUACUUAUUGCAUUUGGGGAUGGGGUGGCCCGACCUGUUUCUUAAUCAUCGCGUUGACAAUGCAUCAUGUAGAGGGACAUCAUUUGAAACCUGGCUUUGGCGACUACAGUUGCUGGUUUGGCGGAAUCGCGCAAACGUGGGCGUAUUUUUAUGGGCCGAUCGGUAUUUUGUUAACGUUAAAUAUGAUCUAUCUCGGCCUAACUAGCUGGCGUUUAUGGCAUCAAUAUCGCGAUUACACGGGAAACAAGCUGCGAGCCCUACGAUUCAAAUGUAUGUUGUACAUUAAACUAGUACUCGUCAUGGGCAUCACCUGGAUCUUCGAAUUAAUGUCAUCCGCCAUCGAUACCGAUAUAGAAGAGUUCUGGAUACCGACGGACCUGUUGAACGGUCUCCAAGGAUUCAUCAUAUUUCUGCUUCUGGUCGUGACGCGGAAAAGAGUUCGGAAGCUGUUGGCGAAGAAGCGACCUUGCGGUAUCGCUUUCCCAAAAUCCUGGGCGGCCUAUGAAGACGAGGAAUGCGAGCAAGUGCUUCCCGAGGAACUUGAAUUGUCUCAACAGGGAUAAUAAAACUUUUACGUUCUCCCCUUUUUAUCUAAAAUAUAUUUCCUCAGGCUCAUUACACGCGAUUAGAUGUAAGAAAUAUUGCCUAAGAGAAAAGACAGUCUCGGAUUAUCUGUAUAUUAUCUGACAAGAAAUCAUAGAUAACGCGAUUGUUGUCAUGCUCUAAAAUUCAUACGGUUUUAAAAAUAACUUAUCUGUAAGCACAUUUUAUUCCCUAUGUUAUUAUACAUUUCCAUUAUAUAUACAGAGUGUUUCUUAAUAAGCGCGACAAAUUUUAGGAAGAAUUUGGAACAAGUUCAAGAAAUGAAAUUAAAUGGAUAUUUUUUAGCAAAAAGGUUAUUUAUGAAUAUUUUUUCAGUCUCCCGUAUUGUUAUAAAGGGAUGAAACUAGUGACCCUUAUUCAAUUUUUUAUUAGAACUUUUUAAUGUUUAUAUGAAAAAUUCCCCUUAAUUUUCGACAAAAAAUCAUCUCCUAAAUUUUUUCGAAAUUAUUAAGAAACCCUGUAUAUUAAAUACGCGUUAUCUCCACUAUGUUGAUCCGUUAUCAGUCUCGUUACUAAGAUUCGCGAAAUCAAUUCAGCCAGUUAUUUCGACGUAUCUCUUAUUAACGUAUACACAUUACCUGUUCUUGUUAUUUGUUAUUCUCAAAAAAGCACGACCUUUGGCUGAUAACGGGUUAAGCAAUAAAUAUCGUGUGUUUUUACGUAAAUUAUCGAUUAUUAUGGAUUAUUGUGCCUUGUUUUUUUUUACGAUUAACGUAGCGAAAUAUGUUAUUAUUAAGCACUGUACAAGAAUCUCCAUAGAUUAAUUAGGUAAAGAUUUAAUUAUAAAUUAAAUAUAGAUAAUUUUUAAUUAAAUAUAAAUAUAGGUUUAAUAUAGCUUUAUUAAAUCUAGAUUUACUGCGUGGAAGAAUAAAAAUAUAAUGAAGAUUAUAAUUAUUCAUCGGUGCGUAAUGUUAUUUCGCGCUCGUGAUUCAGUUUCUCAUUCGUAGAAACGUGACGACAAGUCAUCACAUCUCUACGAUUUCCCAUGAAAAAAACGUGUAAAUCCGAUUCAUUCACGAGUAUCGGAAUUUUAAUCGCGUCUAUAUUAAGCGUCAUAAAUGCUCGUAUCUCUUUACGCAUCAUGUAAAUUUUUAGAGACACACCGAAUCUUUGCAAACAGUAAAUAAAUUAUGUAAGAGAAUUCGUCCAAUUCUGAAUCAGUCCAACUCGAUUAUCUCUCUGGCAACAUCUGGUAUAACAAGCUAUUGAAACAUCUGGUAUAACAAGCUAUUGAAAAAUAAUUUACGGUACAAAAGUCGCUUGUCUCUCCAAAUUUGAAGGCUACUUGAAGGCUUUCGCCGCAAACGAAACAAUAGCCGCGAUAUACAUAUGGCACGUGCUCGUUAAUCAAAUAUGUAUCCUUCUCGAUAAAAUCCGAUCCGUCUGAUACAUGUGUGUAUAUGUGACGUAAGUCUACAAAACAGACUCAUAAAAAUUAUCGCCGCGAGCAGACAUUGAGUGUGUAAACAUACGCCGCACCUGUCCUACUUUCAUUGAUUUUGCGUGUAAUUCGUAAUGCGUCAUCUGUCGUUCAAGACAUAUUAAUACAAAUUAACAGGAUACUCCAGAAAGGUCACUAAGCGAACCAAUAUUUAUUUAUAAAUUAAUCUGACUCUCCAAAUCCAUUUCUCUCUCUUUCUCCGAUUCCUCGGCCAAAAUGUCAAGGAUAGUUUAUGUCAUCAAAAUUGUUGGUUCCAUCAACAUUUCCUUUUUUUUUUUAAUAGAAAAAUCAAUUUCAUACUGAUCGAAGAAUGGAGGUGAUUCGCAAAUCCGGAUAUUUAUUAUUAUACUAUCAUCUUGUCUACAGCGAUAUAAACAAUGACGCGAAUCGAGAUGACAAAUUCAAUUACAUUUGCUCACUGGUACUGACAAGCGUGAUAUAUUGACGCAGAUAGAUAGUAGGUCACAAUUGCAUGACACGGACGAAAUUUGUUAAGCAAAUCGGAUCGUGACAAUUUGAUGGGACGAGUCAUCUUACGUUCGAUGCUCGCACAAGAUGGUACGCGAAUUAUUCUAAUUUAAAUAUGUAUUUGCAAGCAUGUAUAUUUCACGAGCAAUAAUUCCUUAACAUUAUUCAUGCGUAAUCGCGUAAGAUUGCGAGAAACAUCGUUAUGCAAAUAGACGUUUUUCCUAUUAAGAAUAUAAUCUUUAAUAAUUCUUUGCAAAUGAGUGAAGUAUUUUGUCAUCUAUCUAAUAUGUGCUGAUUCAUGUUGUUAUGCGAAGGUAGAGAUUUUAUUAUAAUCACAGGAUUCUACGCGUUGUAUGAUUUUUUUUCGUUUGCUUGUAUAAUGAUAUUGAGUAACUAUUUAAUAAAAUAAUCGUUUGGAUAGAGAUGAAAAACUCGAGAAUACGUAACAAAAGCGAAAGAGACGAUCGAUAGACAUGUGCAAAUGUACAUCUAGUGUUAUAUUGUUUGUUCACAUGUAUGACUUGUAUAUAUAUUACAUCAUGAUCGAUAGAAGUAUAAUGACAGAUUAGACAGACAUAAAAAUUGAUCCACGACAAUCCCGGAACUUUGCUUAAUAAGAUACACCGUUAAACAAAUUAGAAGCGAUGGAAAAGGAUAUUGCAAUGAUUUUUACAUUCCUCUCACAAUUUCCUAUCUUCAAUACAGGAAAAUU